GCCUGCGUUUCCGUAGGAGGCGGGCGGGAGUCGCCGGGGCUCCUUCCUGUGGUGCAGCUUCGCGUCCCGGAGCUUGGUCCCUACCCUGACCCCACCCCAGCUCCGCUCCGCCUUGGGUUCCGGCAGAACCCGCCUUGCGGUAGCCAUGGCAGCAGGCUCCGAGGCGACCACUCCUGUGAUCCUUGCAGCUGGGGCUGGAGGGGAGGAAGGUGAACAUGUCAAACCUUUUACGCCAGAGAAAGCAAAAGAAAUUAUCAUGUCUUUACAACAACCUGCAAUCUUCUGUAACAUGGUGUUUGAUUGGCCAGCACGACACUGGAAUGCUAAAUACCUUUCGGAGGUCCUUCAUGGCAAACGGAUACGAUUCAGAAUGGGGAUGAAAAGCAUGAGCACAGUUCCUCAGUUUGAAACUACAUGUAGUUAUGUAGAAGCUACACUCGAAGAGUUUCUGACCUGGAACUGUGACCAGUCUAGUAUUUCUGGACCAUUUAGAGAUUAUGACCAUUCCAAGUUCUGGGCUUAUGCUGACUAUAAAUAUUUUGUCAGUCUAUUUGAAGACAAGACAGAUAUUUUCCAGGAUGUGAAAUGGUCUGACUUCGGGUUUCCUGGAAGAAAUGGACAGGAAAGUACAUUGUGGAUUGGCUCCUUGGGAGCCCACACACCCUGUCAUCUGGACUCCUAUGGUUGUAACUUGGUAUUCCAGGUACAAGGAAGGAAACGAUGGCAUCUCUUUCCUCCUGAAGAUACUCCUUUCCUUUAUCCAACUAGAAUCCCUUAUGAAGAAUCCAGUGUGUUCAGUAAAAUCAAUGUUGUCAAUCCUGAUUUAAAGCGUUUUCCUCAGUUCCAGAAAGCUCAAAGACAUAUGGUUACACUGAGCCCAGGACAGGUUCUGUUUGUUCCCAGACACUGGUGGCAUUAUGUAGAAUCCAUUGAUCCUGUCACUGUCAGUAUAAACUCAUGGAUUGAACUGGAAGAGGAUCACCUGGCCCGGGUAGAAGAGGCAAUCACUCGUAUGCUUGUGUGUGCCCUGAAAACUGCAGAGAAUCCACAAAAUACCAGAGCCUGGUUAAACCCCACUGAGGUUGAGGAAACGUCCCAUGCAGUGAACUGUUGCUACUUAAAUGCAGCUGUUUCUGCAUUUUUUGAUCGUUGCAGAACAUCUAAGGUGGUAGAAAUCCAAGCACCGAGAACAGAUGGAGAGCGCAUGAAAAAGGAAGAAUUAAAUGUGUACAGCCACAUGGAGGUGGGCCAAACAGGUAGCCAGAACUUGACCACAGGAACAGGCAAACCGGAGGCAGCAAGUCCCUUUGGCCCUGAUCUGGUACCUGUGGCACAGAGGUCCGAAGAACCACUUUCAGAAAGAGGAGGCAUAUUUGGAAGUGAUGGGAAAGACUUUGUUGACAAGGAUGGAGAACACUUUGGAAAACUGCAUUGUGCCAAGAGACAACAAAUAAUGAACAGUGAAAAGGCAAUUAAGGAACAGAUUGCCUCAAAUGCUACUACGACUCCUUCUCAAACAUUCAUUUCUACGGACGACUUGCUGGACUGCUUGGUGAAUCCACAAGUAACCAGGAUAGUGGCACAACUUUUGAUACAAGGAAGAAGUUUGUGAUUCCAGUGGAAGAUGACUUUUAAAAUAAUAUUUUUUAAAUAUGUAUUUUUAAGUAGUGUGACUGUAAAAUAAAGAUGAACCAGCAAAAGGUCA